AUGGCAGUGUCACUUUACGAGUACUACACAUCCGGUGGUGUCACUUCCGGUCUUUCCAUCGAGCAGUCGUACUUCACCCUCAAUUCGCGAAAUAUCACCCUGUAUAGUGGUGCCAUGCACUAUUUCCGGGUACCACGGCGGUACUGGAGGGACCGUUUGCGUAAAAUGCGAGCCGCUGGUUUGAACGCUGUUGAAACUUACAUCCCGUGGAACUUACACGAACCUCAAAUUGGUACUUACGACUUUGGGGAGGGUGGUACCGACUUUAGUGAUUUUCUCCACGUUGAAAAGUUCCUAAAAUUGGCACAGGAGGAGGAUUUGUUGGCAAUCGUGCGUCCAGGGCCGUACAUUUGCGCCGAAUGGGAUUUCGGGGGUUUACCGAGUUGGCUCCUCCGCGAGAAUAUGACAGUACGUACUUCCGGUACCACUUUUAUGUCACACGUGACGAGGUACUUUGCACGUCUAUUGCCAAUUUUAGCCGCGCUUCAAUUUACUAAAGGGGGCCCCAUUGUGGGGUUCCAAGUCGAGAAUGAGUAUGGUAGUACCAAAUCCAAUGACAAACUUUACAUCAAACAAUUGAAAAACUUAAUGAUCCAAUUUGGGUUGGUAGAACUGCUUUUUACGUCGGAUUCACCGAGUCAACAUGGCGACCUUGGUACUUUACCCGAGUUGUUUCAAACGGCGAAUUUUGCGCGAAACCCAGUCAAGGAAUUCAAAGCUUUGGAGAAGUACCAAAAAGGGAGGCCUACCAUGGCGAUGGAGUUUUGGACGGGGUGGUUCGACCAUUGGGCCCAGGGACACACUAAACGUAAUAACACCGAAUUUGGGUUGGUACUUGAGGAAAUUCUCAAGUAUCCAGCUUCGGUUAAUAUGUACAUGUUCCACGGUGGUACCAAUUUUGGGUUCUUGAAUGGUGCCAAUCUAGAUAGGAGGUACCAACCCGACACUACAAGUUAUGAUUAUGACGCACCAUUGACCGAAAAUGGCGACUACAGUGAGAAGUACCACAUUGUUCGAAACUUGAUCGGGAACCAAAAUGGUGUCAAGACGAAGCUUCCACCACUUCCGGAACCAACACCAAGACAAUGGUACCCAAAAUUGAAAAUUGGGUACCAAUUACGGUACCAUGAUAUAGUCAAAAGUCUGGAAAUUGCGCUAGUGAGUGAGAAAGUGGUACCAAUGGAACUUCUCCCAAUUAAUAACAAUUCGGGUCAAAGUUACGGCUACACAAUUUAUAGAACCACAACAAAUAUCCCUCCAAAUAGUACCCUGAAAAUUGAAGGUUAUGUUCAUGACUCUGUUUUGGUUCUGGUUGAUAAUGAAUUAAUUUCACCACCGCUUAUCAACAAAUCUGACCUUGAGAAAUUCGGUUAUUGGUGUUUGAAGGACGGUACUAUCAAACUACCGGGGACAAAAAACGCAACAUUGGACCUAAUUGUGGAAAAUUGGGGCCGAAACAAUUUCGGAAAAUUGCACCAAUUUCGACAAUUCAAAGGUCUCAACCAGAGUUUUGGGGCCAACAUGGCCGCUUUAACCUAA